AUGGUUCGUCCGGUUACGAGGAGUAACCCAGGUUCAACGGGAUCUGCCCAAAACCCCUGUGGGUCGGAGUCGGGCGCUGCAGAAUCCAACAUACCGAGUGAUAGAGAUGCUGGGCACUCAACUGAAUCACGAGCAUCGGAGAAAGGAAUUCAGACUAGUUCAAAUCUUCUUCAGAAGUCUAUUGUCGAUGCUCUUUGUGCCGAGGAGACUCGUAAAAGGCUCGUGGAUGCUAUUGUUGACGUGAUCGUAGACAAUGUUACGCAAUCAGUCUACGACGCUGUUAAAUUGGAUCUUGAACAUCAAAAGAGCGAAAUAACAUCUCUGAGCAAAAAGGUCGAUGAACUUAGGAAAGAAAUCACGAGUCUCAAAUCUUCAUGUGAAAUCCAGGAACAAUAUAGUCGUCGAAGCUGUCUCCGGUUCCACGGCAUUCCAGAGAAGGAAGACGAAAACACGGACGAAGUCAUACGACAAGUGGUCAAUGAGAAGCUGGACAUCAAUCUAACAUCAACCGAUAUCGAUCGGAGUCAUCGUCUCACGUCGCGAUCAGGAAUGUCAGAAGGUGCCAAGCCUCGUGUCAUCAUCAUGAAGUUCGCUCGUUAUAACAUCAGGAAAAUGAUCUACAGUAACAGAGCAAAGUUGAAAGGAACUAAGAUUUUCAUCCAUGAAGACCUUACAAGACAUCGUCAGUCCCUCGUCAACGCUGCUAACAAAUCUGAUCUGAUAUCGAAGGUAUACACAACUGAUGGUAGAGUCAAAGCCCUUGUGAAGGCAACACAAAGAUGUAUAACUAUCACUUCUGAAAACCAAAUAGAAAAACUGUAG